UUCUCUCUCUCAAUCUAAUCAACUACUUGUAGUAGUAGCCAAUAUAUAUCUAUCCCCUCUUCUCUUUUCCUCGAUUUGAUCGUUCCUCUUUCUCUCUUCUCUCUCUCUCUCUCUCUUUCUUUCUUGUUCUUCCUCUUCUAUCCAUAAAAAAUAUUCUCUCUCUGUAUUUUUCUUUUCUUUGCCAGUAAUGGCAGUGCAUCAGUGCCAGUGCAAGAAAAAAGGGAGAGAGUUUUCAUCGGGAAGGUAAACUCUUUUUCUUCUCUCCAUCUCACAAACCCAUCAUCGACCUCUUCUUCUUCUUCUUCUUCUCCUCAUCUUUCUCUCUCUUUCUCGCGUGCCAUCUUAUUAAAUUAAGCCUGAAAUCUCUUUCUUUUCAUCUCUAUCACCUAGUUGUCGUUGCAGAAAAUAGAAGUUGAAAAGGAGAUAAAUACAUAGUUAGAGAGAGAGAGAAAGAAAGAAAAAACCAUUUUCCAAUGGAAAUCUGAGCAGGCUUUAGUUUAAUACUCCAUUGUACAGAGAACUGACUCUUCUGUUAUCUCUCUCUAUCACUGUUUAGUAUUUUCUUUUCCUGUAAAAAGAACUGAUUCUUGAAGCUUAAAACCCGGGAGGGAGCUGGAGAUCCAACAAGUUUUAGGCUAAAAGAAGAUUGCGUAGGAGAGAGAGGUAAAGUAAACUCAACAAGAAAAGCUAUACCUAAGAAAAGUGAUAAAGAGAAAAGAAGGGAAGAAAGAGGUACAUGGGCAAUUACAAUGGUGGGUUUUAUAUAGGCAUAUAUAGCAGAGACAAAGUGAAAAACAACUAGGAAAAGCAGAAAGGAGAAAAGAGAAAAUUUAGACAGAGAUAAUGGAGAGUGGUUCUAAUAGCACUUCUUCUAUGAUGGCUUUUGGAGACAAUAGUAAUGGACUAUCCCCUAUGAUGAUGAUGCCCAUCAUGACUACUACCCCUUCCCAUCAUCAUCAUCAUCAUCAUCAUCAUCAUGGUCAUGGUCAUGACCAUCAACAUCAUGCUAAUGCAGACUCAAAUACCCUAUUUUUUCCUCCUCAUCAAGACCAGAACCGCAAUAGCAGCAGUGGUUCUUCUCUGAUUCUCGACGAGCAGCACAACAACAACAGCAACGCAGGGUGUUAUUUCAUGGAGAGCAACAACGAUGGCGGAGCAGUCAGUGCUUGCUCUUCUUCUGUUAAGGCUAAGAUCAUGGCUCACCCUCACUACCACCGUCUCUUGGCUGCUUAUGUCAAUUGUCAGAAGGUUGGGGCACCACCCGAGGUGGUGGCUAGGUUAGAAGAAGCAUGCGCAUCGGCAGCUACAAUGGGUCCGGCCGCCGGCGCUGUCUGCAUCGGCGAAGAUCCGGCGCUUGACCAGUUCAUGGAGGCUUACUGCGAGAUGCUGACAAAGUACGAGCAAGAACUCUCUAAACCAUUCAAGGAAGCCAUGGUUUUUCUUCAAAGGGUCGAGUGUCAAUUCAAAUUCAUAAUGCAAUCAGGUUGUGGUGACGGAAUUGAUAGGAAUGGGUCAUCUGAAGAAGAGGUUGAUGUUAACAAUGAGUUCAUUGAUCCUCAAGCGGAAGACCGGGAGCUUAAAGGUCAGCUUUUGCGUAAGUACAGUGGGUAUUUAGGUAGCCUUAAGCAGGAAUUCAUGAAGAAGAGGAAGAAGGGAAAGCUUCCCAGAGAAGCCAGACAACAGCUGCUGGAUUGGUGGAGCAGACAUUACAAAUGGCCAUACCCUUCGGAGCAACAGAAGCUCGCCCUUGCAGAAUCAACGGGGCUGGAUCAGAAGCAGAUAAACAACUGGUUCAUCAAUCAACGAAAACGUCACUGGAAGCCAUCGGAGGACAUGCAGUUUGUCGUAAUGGAUGCUACCCAUCCUCACUACUACAUGGACAAUGUGUUGGGUAAUCCCUUUCCCAUGGAUAUCACCCCCACACUGCUCUGAGGAUUCAUAAUUACUCACCAUGUUUCCCUCACCUUAUGUUAUAUCUAUGUAUAUCUUAAUUUUUAUAUAUUGUUG